GGCGCGCUUUUGUCGUUGUGGGUUUGUCGCCGCGCAUUUGUCUAGCGUGCAUUUGUUGGUGAACCAAGAAAGAGCACAGUUUAGAUACUUUGAUUGGGAUGAAAAUGGUCAAGAGAGCUUCUUCCUAGAAGUUCUCAAUAUAUAUCUUUAAUGAUGCAAGUAGUCUGCUUUAAUCUGGCAAGAUUCUGUCUGUAGGUGAGGAAUAAUAAAGAAAACUGCUUAGAGGUUUCUCUACAUGUUUUGGGGAGCCUGACACAUAGGGAGUUCAGAGCAAAAUACGUUUAAUAUGUUUGUGAAACAAUGUCAAACAUUAUAUUUGUUCCAAAGUAUUUAUAUUUGAAAGACAUUAAAGCACAGGGAAGGAGAGGAGAGGUAGAGCAACAUUCAUUUAUGCUAGAAAACCAAAACUCCAAUAAUACUGGAGGCUACCGAAAUGACACUGGUUCUGUAUUUAAUAUUUAAUAUUAAGUGCUUUGUGAAAUGAGAUCUCAUGCUGUUAUCAAUCUUAGGUUGCUAAGCUAGAGGAAACAUUCCAAACCCUAUUAUCAUUGUAUGAAGUAACAUAAUGGGUUAUUUAUUGUUCCCAUAGAAAAUGUAGAUUAUUGUUGCGUAAGUGCUGACACGCCACUUGGCUUUAGUACAAUACUAGAGACUAUAUUGCACUGAAAGUAUUUUUUCUUUGUACAUUACCUUCUGUCGAUACCAGCUAUGUAAAAACUGCAUUUGGAGUUAUUUAACUAUGGAACUACGACUUCUACUGAAAAACGAACAUUUCCCCUAAACUUCAAGUUUGAUGUUUGAAGAAUGAGCAUUGAAAAAAAUGGAUUUACCCAAAUUUUGACGUUUUUAUUUUGCUUUGAACUUGUACAGCAACAGAUACCGGUUGAUAUACUUUAUGUACCUUAACCAGAAGACUGAAUGGAUACUGCUCUCAUUUCUGUUUGAGAAUCAUGGAAAUUCAGAAAGAGGAGUUUGUUCUGGAAGUUGGUAUACCUGAAGGUGAUUGUCAAGCUAUGUCUACCAACUUAAAAUACCUUUCUUUGAGCAUAUUAGUCUUUCAGACAACUAGUUUGGUGUUGACUAUGCGAUAUUCCAGGACACUGAAAGAAGAAGGGCCUCGCUAUUUGUCUUCAACUGCAGUGGUCAUUGCUGAACUUUUGAAAAUUACGGCUUGCAUUUUGUUGGUUUACAAAGACAGCAAGUGCAGCUUGCGAACUCUGAACAGAGUGUUACAUGAUGAAAUUCUUAAUAAACCAAUGGAGACUCUUAAACUUGCUAUUCCUUCUGGGAUUUACACUCUACAGAAUAACUUGCUCUAUGUUGCUUUAUCAAAUCUAGAUGCAGCCACUUACCAGGUCACGUAUCAGCUGAAAAUCCUCACAACUGCAUUAUUUUCCGUGUCAAUGCUCAAUAAAAAAUUAGGUGUAUAUCAAUGGCUUUCAUUAGUGAUUCUGAUGGCUGGUGUUGCAUUUGUACAGUGGCCAUCAGAUUUGCAGACAGCAACAGCUAAAGAACUUUCAACAGGGUCACAGCUUGUGGGUUUGGUAGCGGUACUUAUAGCCUGCUUUUCUAGUGGAUUUGCUGGAGUAUAUUUUGAGAAAAUUUUGAAAGAAACAAAACAAUCAGUAUGGAUUAGAAACAUUCAGCUUGGAUUUUUUGGUAGUAUUGGAUUGAUGGGCGUAUACAUUUAUGAUGGAGAACUUGUAUCAAAGAAUGGAUUUUUUCAAGGUUAUAACAAGCUUACUUGGAUAGUUGUAGUUUUGCAGGCACUUGGCGGCCUCGUUAUAGCAGCUGUUAUAAAAUAUGCAGACAAUAUUUUAAAAGGAUUUGCAACAUCAUUAUCUAUUAUAUUGUCAACGUUAAUUUCAUAUUUCUGGCUUCAAGAUUUUGUCCCUACAAGUGUGUUUUUUCUUGGAGCUGUUCUGGUAAUAGUUGCUACUUUCUUAUAUAGUUAUGAUCCAAAGCCAACAGGAAAUCCUAUUAAAGCAUACAGACUUUUCCAUGUCACAAUAUUUUGUCAAUUUGUGGAAAAAGAACUUCUAAAUACUAUUGGAGGAUUAUCAGGCACUGAAAGAGUUUAUACUGUCAGAAGAAUGAUGUGUAAUAAUUAGAUUUGCAAAACAACUUCUGUAAAAGAAGGGAAACCAGAGCAAAACUUGAAUGGAUUGCUUCUAGAACCUGGAACUAGAAAUGCUUCCAACUUGAACUCUGAGGUUAAAUCAGAAUGAUUUACUAUUUUCAACAGCUGCAGAAAUGUCCUAUGCAUUCUUCUUGCGACAGCACAUGACAGCAUCUGUUAAAUCGUACCUCUUUUUGAAAGUUAUUUCAUCUUUUCUAAUUUUAUAUGAAUGCAGAUCUGUACCAUACACACACACACGUUUCAAAUCAGAGAGAUGAAAUUUUGUCCUAUGUCCUCUGGGUGUGUUGGAGUUUGGAUUCUAUAAUCUGCCAAAUAAUAAAUUCACCAGGCUGGCUGGAAAGUUAUGGAAUCAAAUGUAAUAUCUGGUGGGAAGAUAUGUUUUGUUUUGGGAAGAAGGUUUGAUGAUGACGAGGCUUCUGAUAAGUAUUCCUGUUCAAAACCAAUGAAAGUAUCACUGAAUCAUUGUUUGUAGAUUUAAUAUUUUAUAUGAAAAUAAUCACUGAAAUUGAUGUUGUAAAAUGUGCUGAUGUAAAUGUCUUAUAAUUCAUGGUGAAUUCUCCAAGAGGGAAGAAUUUAAUAUUUUCAUUUGGAAGCUUUGUGUGAAUGAAUGCCACAAGCUAUAUUGCUGCACUAUUCUCAGUUUUAAAAUGAGAGCCUCACCAAUUAGAAGGCAGCAUAAACUACAGUAUCUGGUACUUGCUCUACAUUAGAUGAAUGCCAUUGUAAAUUGCCAUAACCAAUAAUGAAUAUGUGUCUAUUUGUUCAGAGAACAAUUUCUUACUUGAUAAGAUCAUUCUUACAAUUAUGGACAGUACAUUUCAUUGCUUACUAUCUUAAUUUGAAAAGAUUUUAAAGUGUAUUUUUAAAAGUAGCCAUAUUACUCUAUAAAAGUAUUAUAGUUCCUUUUGGAAGCCACAGUAGUAUAUUCAUGUGUAUAUAAUGUACUAUAAUAGAGCUUUAAAAAAAAAUCUGGAAAACUUAUUUAACUAAAGUGGCUCUGUCCAGUCUUGAAUUCCAUUGUUAGAAUACACGCUAAUUGUAUUAACCAAGAAAUGAGAAUGUUACUGUGCAAUAAAUAUUAGGCAUGAAUGUUCAGGUGUGUCAGCGGAAAAGGCAUAAAGCCCAAUGGAACCCUCGCUGCUCUUCAUUGGAUAUAAAACUUGAAAUUUCUUCUAAGGUUGGGUCCAGGUAAUUGCUUUUGAUGCAGAAGAGCUUGUUGGCAGUGUGGCAAAUCUUAUGAACUCAAAGGGCUGUAGUCACACCAGUGAGAUGAUACCCAGACUAUUUUUGGAACACUGAAAUAUUUAAAUAUGUUCAGAGAACAUAAGACAGCAUAGGCUCUGUGAAAGCAGUUUGUGUACAUUUGCUUGAAUAAUGAUAGUACGUCAUUGAAAUCCUCAUGGAAAUUGCUGCUGAGAAAAUUAUGAUUGUAAUUGUGGAAGUCAUACUGGCACUUUGUGAUCCUCCAUGCAGACGUCUGGAACAGCUGUAGGCCAGUCUGUCCUAACUGCUUAUAAAAUAUAUCACAAUAAAAUAACGUCUAUCCUGCAUCUCCCUCUGACCCAUAUGCAUCUUUUGACAACUAUGAUUCUUCUGAAAUUGAUUCCAGUAUUUUAAAUCUAAAAAAAAAAUGAGGCAAGGAGCCUGGUAUGUGAGAUAAAUGUUUGUACAUGUAUACUCAAAAGAACCACAUGCAGUCCCUUAGUUUUAUUGAUAAUUUUGUGUGUGGUGUGUGUGGUAUGUGUAGACAACAAGUCUACACUAUACUUCUGUCAAUAGAAGCAAUUUCUUCUAAUGGAAGUGAAGGAGUGGAUUCUCUUUCCUUAUCCAUAGGCCCAGCUGCAUUUUUAAAAGCCUUUGGAACUCAAAUGUUCUAAGUUCCAAGUGGAUUUUGAGGUCAGACAAAGGUCAGAGAUCAACUAAAAGAACUAAGAAGUGCCUUCGCUAGCAUAUUUAAGAUUUUUUUAAUCCAUUUAGAAAAGGUAAAGUGCAGCACGAUUGCUAUCUAAAGCAAAUGAUGAACAAAUUUACAAAUGAGCUACUGUUAUAAUAGCUCCACUAGUAAUGGAUAGUGGUAAAAGUAAUUUAUUAUUCGAACAGUGCUGUUAAAAAAGAAGCAAAAAUAUGUACAUAGGCAAAGAAUUGUAAAAUGUAUUCCAAUGACAGAUUAAACUCCAAUUACCGGUAUGUAUAAUAGACUAGAAAAAUGCUAUGCAAUUUGAGGAAUAUGGAAGUCAAUUUUCUAGGAUAACCAAAUCUAUGAUUAGUGGUUUUAAAAAAUAUUAUCUGAAACUGAAAAAAAAAGUUUCUAAAACUGCAAGAAAAAUAUCUUAGUUAAGUACGAAUUCCAAUAUUAAUGCCUAAUGAGCUGUGGGAAGACAAUGGCCUUAAAGAAAAUUCAGACUUUGUAUAAGCAAGCGGUUAAAUUGUUUGUGUUCUGUCCACAUAAUUAUAAUUGGUUAAGACACCCGACUAGAAAUCUGAGAUUGUUGAGUUCUGUUCUCACCAUAGGCAUGAAAGCCUGAGUGACUUUGGACCAGUCACUUUCAGUCCAACUCUUCUCAGGGAGUGGUGGUUGUGGGGAAAAUGGGAGGAAGAGGAAGGCAUAGUAGAUAUGAUCAUCACCUUGUUUGUGUAUAGAUACCUGGUACCAACAAUAAUCAGACUUACCAUAUUGGUAGUAUGGAGUAUAACCGAUAAUUAGGUACAAGCCCUUCAUAUGUAAAAGUCUGAUGUUGUCUCAUAUCAGCCUCAGUAUACAAUCAGUCUUAGUAGACCAAUCUCAAUCCAUUCUAUAUAUUAUAUAUAGGAUGGAUAUAUAUAUAUACAUACAAUACAAUCUACAACACAGUCAAGCCAUUAUUUAAAAACUGAUCAAAAGAAGCUGCUAGUAACAAUAACAUUGCCUUGCUUGGGUUCACAUAUUAUGUGCUAAUUCAUAUAUUUAUAAAACUAUUAUUGUAUCUGAAAUCAGUCUUGGAAAUGAACGUGCAAACUAUAGUGUACAACUGCUUAAUCAAAAGUGCAUUUAGUUUUUAUAACAAUAUGAAUAUAGGUAUGGUUUCUAAUUAAUAUGAGGCCAUUAUGUCAAUAUGAGAAGAACAAGACUAAAGAAUAGCCAAUUAUUUCUGUCAUGUAUAUCAAUAUCCAAUCUUGAGAUGUAUAGUUUUAGGUUAAUUAAAUAAAUUUAAUUAAAUAAUUAAACUAUUGUUACUGAACAAGUUGUUGGGAUUCAUUUUUGAAGAUAUCAUCAUUAUAAUGCCUUGUCUUAUUAUAAUGGGGGUAUUGCCUACUAUAAAUUCAAAGUUCCACCAGUUACAAGCAAGGGUAGCAUCCGCUAGGCUAACGAUAGU